GAAUUCAGUGUGAGGUUGGAAAUCUUUUGACACGCCAUUUUGAAGUGCACUGUCAUCAUUGCACGGUACAACGUAAAUUAACUGUCUAUCGAGGUUUAGUAUAUUUAUCAAAACAGAACGCGUAUACUUAAAAAAUUGAACAUGUCCGGUGGAGCGCUGUUUGGAAAUAAUGCAUCUCGCGGUAAUUCUAAAAAUUUAGUCGAAUUUAAAGCUGGAAAAAUGACUAUGAAAGGAAAAAUGGUUUAUCCAGAUGCUCGGAAAGGUCUACUUUACGUUUAUCAAUCUGACGAUUCAUUAAUGCAUUUUUGUUGGAAGGAUCGUACAACAGGUUUUGUUGAAGAUGACCUAAUUCUUUUUCCUGACGAUUGUGAAUUUAAACAUGUUCCUCAAUGCAAAACUGGAAGAGUAUACCUUCUACGAUUUAAGUCUAACAAGAAAUUUUUCUUUUGGCUACAGAGUCUUAAAACAGACAAAGAUGAAGAAUAUUGUAGAAAAAUUAACGAAGUUCUUAAUAAUCCACCAACUCCUGGAUCACAAAGAAGUGGCAAUACAAACCUAGAAGGAGAACUCCAAAAUUUAUUAAAUAACAUGUCACAACAACAAUUAAUGCAGGUCUUUAGUGGUGUAAGUCACAUUAGUGGUAUAGGUAAUUUAUUGGGUACAAUGAAUAUACCACAGGGUGUGCAGAGUACUAGAGCUUCAACUACAACUGCAUCAACACAAGUUACAACAAAUACUCCAAGACCUGCGACUCAAAUAUCUUCGCCAUCAUCGACUAAUGAAACACCUAAACCUAAUGGUGACAAUAAACAAUCAACAAAAACACCUGCCUCCUCGACACCAGGGACAACUACAAGUUCUAACAACAAAAUACAACUUAGUGAUCUACAAAACUUUCUAUCGGAUAUUCCACCACCUGUGGGUGCAGAAAUUGUUGUUCAGGUAAUAUCUUAUAUUCUACAAAUAUUUGUGUUUAGUAUUCGUUAUUCCUGGAUUUUCAGCCAAACGAUAACUUUAUUAGUACAUUACUCACAAAUUAUUACCUUUAUUUUUGUAUAAUUAAUUAUUUUAGAAAAAAUAUCUCAUACAUUUUUUAUUUAUGCUUGACUUAUUAGCUGAAAUUUUAAACAAAAAUAACAAAACGAAUAGAUCGAAUAAGUUGUCAGUAAUGACUUGUUAGUAAUAGAGUUAGUUAUAUAUUUUUCACUAAGUUUAUGUAAACAAUACACAAAAGUUUGUAAUCUCAUAUGAAUCUUGGUCUGUAUUAUCUAAUGAUUGUGGUUCUCACAGAAUUUCUUGUUUCAUAUACAAAUCCAGAAACAGAAAUGUUUUAUCGCUCUCAGAUUUUGAAAAACAUAAAUUGUUUGUAAAAACACUAUUUAGCGAAAAUGAAGCAUUACCUGAAUACAAAAGGUGUUAGAAAUUUCUGUGUAAUCUGAAAGAAUUGAGAAGAAUUUGGAAAAUGUAUCAGUAUAUGUAGAUAUUAUAUUUUAUGAUUCUGAAUUCUUGUAAAUGGACAUCAAAAUUUAAAAAAGAAAUUAAUGUGAGUACUUUCUAAGCAUUAUUUUUACAUUUUUGUUGAACCUACAUGAUAUUGACACGUAUAGUAACAUUUAAUAAUUACUUCAUAAAAUAUAAUAUUUCAUACGGAAUUGAAUCUAUCAAAACAAUGUUUUCUUAAAUAUCGUUUGAUAUCAGGGGGCACAUUAUGCAGUACAAACUAUUUUUUUACAAAUCGAGUAGUGGGCGGAAUUCCAAAAUAAAAGUCAUUUAUUUUUUACUAAAAUCAUGUAUAUUUUUAUUUUAAUAUGAUGGUAAUUGUUCAGAUGAAUUCAACGAUCUGCUAUGUGCAAUCAUUUAUUAUUGUAAAAUAGUAGAAAAAUGUUAACAUAUAAGUAUUUAUUUAAAAAAAUGUGUUUAAGUAGAUUUAUAUCGCUUUUAAAAAUUAUAAAAUAAGUGCCAAAUGUUACCAUAUCUUAAAAAGUUGAACAGCUUAUAAAAUCGUAAUAACAAUAAAAAAUCUUUAUAAACAAUUAUGAAUGGUUUUCAACAGGUAUAUGUUAAUAAGUCAUAUGUAUUCAUUCAGUCAAUGUUGAAAUUAUUUAAAAAUGAGAGUAACCGUAGAAGCUUCUUAACAAUUCCUUGAUAAUGAUAAAAUAUAUGUGAAACAUAUAAAAUAUUAUUAAAACGAAUAUUUAUUAGACGUUUACUAUUGACGUUGAAUUUACGUAGUUACGACAUUAAUAAAUCGAUAUUUUUUAAGAAAAUCAUGUUAAGUGAAAAAAAUUCUGUUGAAAAUGCAGAAAUGAUGUGUAGAAAAUACGCACAUCAACUUUCUUAGAAUUGAUAAUGAUUUACAAUUAUUUAGAACCACAAAAUUUAUAACUAUAUUCUGAUAUAUUUUUCAUACACUUCACUCUUUUUUAAAAUUAAAUAAAACCUUCUAACAUUUUAAGUUUUCACAUAAUAUAUCCUAUUUGUUUAAAAGGCUUUAGAAAAAUAAUAUGUAUUUACUUUACAUAUAAAGUAUAAAAUUCUACAAGAAUCGUUUAGUGGAUAUACUAGAUCAAUAAAAUGAUCUUAAUUUAUUAAAUAGUGUUAUAAAUUAUUUUCUUAAUAUUCUUAAUAAAUUCAUGCA